GUUUUUGUCAAGUUUUUUAAUUUUUGUUUAUUUUUUUCAACAGAAAUUUUUUUUAAUUUUAGCCAAAAAUGUUAUUCGUUCGAAGAACAACAAUUAAUUGUACAUGUUCAACAUUUCAUUAUUUUAAUUCAAGACAUUUUCAAUUACCUCAACCUAUUCAACGACUAAUAUGUUCUUUCCAGCAAAUUUCAUCAAUUUCAACAACAUCAGACGAAUUCAAAUACAUUUUAGCAAUGUUUCCUUAUCCAUCUGGUCGUCUUCAUAUGGGACAUUUAAGAGUUUACACACUUUCUGAUGCUCUAAGUCGUUAUUAUGCUCUAAAAGGCUAUAAAGUUUUACACCCAGUUGGAUGGGAUGCUUUUGGAUUGCCUGCAGAAAAUGCUGCUAUUCAAAGAGGAAUAGACCCGGCAGACUGGACAAAUAUUGAUGAUAUGAAGAAUCAAUUACUUCAAACUGGUAUUAAAUUCGAUUGGGAUCGAGAAGUUUACACAUGCCAGCCAGAUUACUUUCGUUGGACGCAAUGGAUUUUUCUAAAAUUAUAUAAACACGGUUUGGUUAGAAGAGCAUUUUCUGAAGUUAAUUGGGAUCCUGUAGACAAGACAGUACUUGCAGAUGAACAGGUGGACACACAUGGUCGUUCAUGGCGUUCAAACGCAUUGGUAGAAAAACGUCGGUUGAAUCAAUGGGUCGUGGACACACCGAGAUAUGCUAAGCGUCUACUUGAUGGUCUGCCUAACUUUCAAUUUGAAUGGUCAAGUGUAGCAGCUAUUCAAAAUGAUUGGAUUGGAAUAUGUGAUGUUUAUCGUUUCUUACUUCCGAUUAAGUUUCAACAAGUAAAUGAAGAAUUAGAUUUACGGAUAGAAUCUCCUUCACAAUUAUGUUCUGCCCAAUUUAUUCUUCUCAAAGAAAGUCAUUAUAUAGCAAGACAUUAUGGCGAAAAAUUGCAAGAUUUCCAACUUUUUGCUCCAAUCGAUGGCCUUACUGUGUUCAAUUUUGUUACAAAACAACAGAUGCCUUUAGUAAUUGUUCACGAAUCUGCCAUUAAUGAUGAGGACCAACCUCCUUUCUACAUGGAUUGUCGUUUGGGAAGUUCUUUGUCUAACUCUUCUUUGGAUCGUUCAAUAUCUAAGGAAUUAGCUAUUGGUCAAGCUAAAAAUGCUGAAAUGACUGAUCAACAAAUUUUGGAUUUAGCAGAGUCCCUUGAUCUUGGUGGUUACCAAACUAGUCGAAAACUUCGCGAUUGGGUUGUUUCACGACAACGAAAUUGGGGAACUCCUAUUCCUAUGCUUAUUGAUGGAAAUGAUGUAGCACCAGUACCUGAAGAUUGUUUACCCAUUCUUGGUGAGCAGAGAGGGCAGAAUAUGGAAAUUAAAAAGUUUUUUAAUUUGAGGAUAAUUUAUAAAAAUAAUAUGCAUUUCAGCCUACCUUCUGGUUUUGGCCAAAUAGAGAAGGAUACGCUUGAUACGUAUUUUGAUUCUAGUUGGUAUUUUUUACGAUUUUUGGAUCCACAUAAUCAAAAGAUGCCGUUUGACCCAAGAAUUGCUAAUCGUCAAAUGCCCGUUUCUGUUUACGUUGGAGGUGUUGAACAUGCAUUAAUGCAUUUAUUUUUUGCACGAUUUAUUUGUCAUUUUCUACAAGGAAUAGGUCUUAUUCCCUGUGCUGAACCUUUUGCUAGAUUUAUUCCACUUGGAGUUGUUCGUUCACGUUCAUUUCAAUUGGUAAAUAAUGGAAAAUAUGUACCAGCUAAUGAAGUUGAAGGAGAUCCACACAAAUUAUUAAUGCAUAAACCUACUGGCGAGAUGGCCCGCGUUAGAUUUGAAAAAAUGUCAAAAUCGAAGUUGAAUGGAGUGGAUCCUUUAGAAUUAAUUGAGAAAUAUGGAAAGGAUCUUACUCGUUUACAACUUUUGUUUGAAGCUCGGCCAAAUAUGCCAAUUGAUUGGCCUUAUCCUUAUCCAACUUUUCAAGCCAAAAGUUUAAAAAGAUGGCUAGAAUUAUUUAAGACAUUUGUUGAUGGUUAUGUUAAUAAAAGAAUAAAUGUAGAUAAUAAUGUUGGAACAACACUACCAAUUGAUUCUGAUAAAACGGAAACUUUCUUUCGAGAUAUUUAUAAUAAACAUGUGAAAGCUAUAAGUAUGUAUAUGGAGGUUCUACGUUAUCACAAUACUGCCUUAAUUCGUUUAAUUGAUAUGACAAAGGCUGUUCACAAAGAAUUUUCUGCCAAUCCUGAUUUGGCCCAAACUAGUCCAGAAUUGGAAAGGUGUUUGUUUGCUAUUGUUGUGAUGGCACAGAUUUUUGCUCCUGAUGCAGCAAAUCAGCAAUGGAAGAUGCUUCAAAAACUUCCAAAAUUGAUUAAUAAAAGUGUUCCAUGGAGGGUAAAUGAAUCUUUGGAUAAACAAAUUUGGCCAAAGCUUGAUUAUUCAGACAAUAUUGAUAUUGUUUUGUGUACUUUUGGCACACUUUUUGUAAGACAAGCACCUCGAAAGGAUGUGGAACAUUUAAAUGAUGCUGACCUAGGAGAAUAUGCUCGUUUACAAUCUCAUUCCAACUUUUUUGAUCGUUUGGAUCAACAAGAAUUGAAAGUAUUGUCUUGGAGUAUUGAACGUUUGCCUGGUCUUUGCAUUGUACUUAAUUUAAAAAUGGCUGAAGAUGUUAAGAAACGAGCAAUUACUGAAAUUAUACAAAAAUAUUCGGGAAAGGGAAGAGGAAAGAAGGAAGUACAAGAAGAAGAAAAUAUUGAAAUGUCUGUUGGAUAAUUUUUAGGUUUAUUUUUGUUAUUAUUAUUGUUUUUUUUUGCUCAAUAAAUUGCUUAGGCAAGUUAGU